UGACGUUUUCCGGACAAACGUAACUGAAAAUAUGUUUGUCUUUUCAAGUCAUGGAGGCACGUACAUUUAAUGCUCAAUCUGCAACAGAGUUGAUAAGCUUCGAGGUAAUGACGGCAAGCGCUUAUAAAACAAGCACAGGUGUGUAUUUCCUGGUGCUUUUGCUACUCUGCAUAUGUGCCAACAAUCCAGUAAUCGCUGCCCCGCAGCCAAUACCACCAGAAAUGAUGUACCGAGAGGAUUACGGCCUAGACAUACCAAGUCAGACGCUGGUCGAUAGGCUGAAGCUGCGAGUAGAGCGGAAAGAGGAAAACAUCGAGAAAGAAAUAGCGGAGCUAGCGGAAGAGCAAAUGGAGAUCCAAGCGCUCAUUAAUGCAAAGGCAAGGAGUCAAAACGAGCAUCAACAACAACAAGAUUUCUUGAUGGAAGCGAUCGAAGCACUUCCUGUGCCAGCUGCAAUUUAUCAUACCGGACCCAUGCAUUCGGGUAAACGAACCAGCUAUAUGGCUCUUUGUCAUUUUAAAAUCUGUAAUAUGGGCCGAAAACGACAAAUGUAAGAUGAAACUUGUCACUCAACACAUGAAGAGCUCUUUUCCGACCAUUUGCAAGAAACUUUACACCAUAUGGGCAGACAAAAUAGUGUAAUUUAUGCGCACCCUAUUCUAUUGAAAAUGAAAAUAUUCUAGGAAAUAGUAUAGAGUAAAAAUUAUAAUAAAUGACAUCACUACUACCGUCUUCGAUAUUUGAUAUUCUUCUGCUAACUAAUUUAAUUAUGAAU